AAUUUGAAUGCAAAGACUCACUUUCCCUAAGAGAAUAAAAUUGUUCAGCCAAGUGGACUACUCGUAUUCGAUAGUUUUUUUUAUACCUUCACGAAUUUUAAAACUUUAAAGAGCGUAUAAUUAAACAGAAUUGAGUAGUAGAAAAUCAUAAAUAAUUAAAAUCAAUAAACAUACAGUUCCUAUAUUACGGCUGUCUAUUCCCUUCUUCGCACAUGUUCCAAAUAAUUUAAAAAAUAAAAAGAAAAAUUGAAAACUAUCUUCUUUUUUUUCUUCUAUAAAACCCACAACUUCUCUUUUUCUUGUGCAUUCGAAACUCAUCCUUUCUCUAUCUACACAUAACUCCAAAAAAAAAAAAAAAAUCUCUCUACCCUCUUCGCAAAACAACAUAGAAAAAAGUAGAAAGUCUCAAUCUUUUUGCUGAAAAGUCUCGUUGUGCGUCUUUUCUGUGUGUAUCAAUGGAUGAAAAAGGAAGAACCUUGAAGAACAACAACAUGGAAGACGAGAUGGACCUAAAGAGAGGUCCGUGGACUGCUGAAGAAGAUUUUAAGCUCAUGAAUUACAUUGCUACUAAUGGAGAAGGUCGAUGGAACUCUCUUUCUCGUUGCGCCGGACUCCAACGUACCGGUAAAAGCUGUAGACUACGGUGGUUAAACUAUCUCCGCCCUGACGUCCGCCGAGGAAACAUUACACUCGAAGAACAACUCUUGAUCCUCGAACUUCAUUCCCGUUGGGGCAAUAGAUGGUCAAAAAUCGCACAAUAUUUACCGGGAAGAACGGACAACGAGAUCAAGAACUACUGGAGGACGCGAGUGCAAAAGCAUGCGAAACAGUUGAAAUGUGACGUGAACAGCCAACAAUUCAAAGACACAAUGAAGUACUUGUGGAUGCCUCGGCUAGUCGAGAGGAUCCAGUCAGCCUCGGCCUCAGCCGCAGCAGCAGCCACCACUACAACCACCAACACCACGGGUUCAGCCGGCACGUCAUCUUGCAUCACAACCUCUAACAAUCAAUUCAUGAAUUACGACUACAACAACAACAUGGGACAACAGUAUGGUGUGAUGAGCAACAAUGAUUAUAUCACGCCGGAAAAUUCCAGCGUUGCAGUGUCUCCGGCGUCAGACUUGACGGAGUACUACAGCGCUCCAAACCCGAACCCGGAAUACUAUUCGGGUCAAAUGGGGAAUAGUUAUUAUCCGGAUCAGAAUUUGGUGGGUUCACAAUUAUUACCGGAGAAUUAUUUCGAUUACAAUGGAUUAUUAGACGAAGAUCUAACGACUAUGGAAGAGCAGAGUAACCUCAACUGGUUUGAAAACAUUAAUGGUGCUGCUUCUUCGUCAGACAGUUUAUGGAACAUUGGAGAAACUGAUGAAGACUUCUGGUUCUUACAGCAGCAACAACAUCUCAACAAUAAUGGUAGCUUCUGAAUUUUGAAAGCAAAGAAAAAAGACUAGAAAUCGUUUUAAGUUUAUUAUUAUACACUAAGUAUACGUGUGAAAGGAAUUUGUGUUAAGGGAAUAAUUAAAGACAAAGAAUGUGUUCAUGAUAUUAUAUUAGGAUAUAUGAUCAGCUUUUUUAUUCCAAGCUUGAUCAUGUAUCAUGGCGUUUUAACAUAGCGCUAAACUUGAUUGGUUUUUUUUUUUUUUUUGGGGAUUGCAAAUGAUAUCUUGUGGAUAUACAUAAUUUAUGAUUUAAUGUUAAGAAAGUUAUUCAUUCGUCGGUGAGAGUAUGUAUACAAUAAACAUAAACAAUGGAACUUGUUUUCACACUA